UGGUUGCUGUUCAGUUCAGUUCAAAAUUUCAUAUUACUUGCCUGUGUUAAAUAAUAAUUGUGUGUGUUUUCUGGGAUAUUUAUUGUAAACAAAUACUUGGACAUAAAUAUUUCAAUUGAUUUUAGAUUGUAUAAUCUUGUUUGUUGAAAGUGAAUCAUCAAAAUGGCGACAUCUGCAUUUUCUAGAAAUUUUGAUUUGGUUAAAUAUUAUUGUUGUACAAUCUGCGAGAAAGAACGGUCUGUAGAAAUAGAUGCAGAAUUUUACUGUAAAAAAUGUCGCAAGUAUUACUGCAAACCAUGUAUUCACUCUCAUAGAAAGCAUGGUUGGUGGUUUAAUAAAAAAUCUCCUUAUGGAAAGGAUAAAAUUAUGAAGUGGCCACGUUCUAAGAAAAUGGAGAAUUAUCUCAUAACAUGCAACAUACACAAUAAUGAAACAAUAACAGCAUUGUGCAAUGGCCAUAGUGAGCUGUGCUGCUCCAGAUGUGUUGAGCUUAAUCACAGCCAGUGCAGUAAAGUGACUCCAAUUAAUGAGCUGACUGACAUGCAGCCCACAGACCUACAGGGACUGUCAGUGGAGCUGGAAACUGUUCUGGGAGAAAUCAAAAGCCUUCAGAUCAGUCAGGAGCUCAGUGUUCAGGCAUUGCUAAGAACAUAUAAGGAACAUGGGGCAGUCAUGAUAGAACAAAUGCGUGGCAAUUUAAAUUUUGAUAUAGAUGAUAUAGAUGAGUGUGGUAAUAGUUAUGUGAGUACAUCGGGCGGACAUGAGCAAUAUUUAAAAGAAGAGAUGUGUAGGAGUGUUCUUUUUAUCUUGAAUGAAUUUGAUAAUAUUACUGUGAAGGAACUAAACGAGAUGAGAGAUGAAGUUAUAAGCAUAAAAGGGUCAAUUACAAGUUCUAUUAUUAAAUGCACCAGUCUUCACAAUGACUUGUCAAAUUUCCAUGAAUUUGUUCAGAAAAUUGGAGAUAAUAAGGAGCUCUGCCUUAUAGCCAGCAUAAAAUGUAAGCAUAUAAUACAGCAGGCAUUAACUCUGCUAGGAAAGUCAGGCGAGGUGUUUAAUGUCCAGAGUAUUACUAAGCAUAAUGUGAGAAUACCAAGUGAUAAAGGUGUAUGUUAUAUCAGAGGCAUAUGUGUUCUUCUCGAUGGGCAGGUACUGGUUGUAGACUGGAAUAAUCAGAAUGUCAAGCUGCUGAACCAGCAAUACCAGGUGGUGAGUCACUGGGAUGUGAAUGCUCGGCCAUUGGACAUUUGUUUGAUCACACCCAGUGAGGUUGCAGUGGCUGUGAAUACUAGUAACAUACAUGAGGUCCAGUUUAUCACUGUCAACCAGGGAAAGCUUGUUUCUGGCAGGAAGUUUCAGUUACAACAUGAAUGUACAUUUAUUACCCAUCACCAAGGAGACCUUUUUGUCACCUCUGAUCAAGAACUGUACAAAUACUCACUGAAUGGCAAACUGAUCUGCAGACUCUACCAAGAUAAAUCAGCUGAUAGGACAGUAUACAAGUGUGCUGUGAGUCCCACAGGAGACAGGCUGUACAUCACCAGCUACUGGAACAACAAGCUUCUCACCCUGGCCAGGGAUGGCACACUCCUGGCUACAUACACAGACCCAGCACUAGAGAGCCUAUGUGGUCUACAUGUGACCCCUGCAGGCCAGGUGCUGGUCUGUGGAUGCUGGUUCCACACUGUACUACAGGUGGGCAGGGAGGGGCAGAGUAAGCUGGCUAAGCUGGCUACUCGGGAGGAUGGAGUGUGGUACCCAGCGUCAGUCUGCUACAGCAGCACCACAUCCUGCAUCAUGGUGGGACUGUUGAGCGACGACAACAUCCUGGUGUUCAGAGUGGAAUAGUGUGUACAUUCGCUGCUGAGUCAGGACAAGGAUGCUGAGGAUGUGGUGGACAAGGAUGACCUGAAUACACAGAAGGAGAGCCCCGGUUUUGAUAUUGAGUUGGUACGGCAACAGCACCAGUCGGGCCCGCACAAGCCUCAAGUCAAGCACGACCCCUCCCCUGACCCCUAGCUUCUCCCAUUUGACUUCCAGCUUCAAAGGGUCAGCAUCGUUGAACAAAUUUCUCCUAUAAAAAAUUUUGAGCACAAAGAGUUUUCACACAUGGUUCUCAUCAACCACAAUUUUCGUGUCGAGUGAUCCGCACUUGAGUCUGUUUGGUUUGUUAGACCCGAGUGCCAGAGAUGGGAAAACCGUUACAGACACAAGGACUUAUUGCAGCAGUUAUGGCAACAUGUACAGUCAGUUCUCAAUGUUGGACUUCACAACUAAUAUCACGAUAAAUACAAAGUUGGAUAACUCGUUCCAUUCUUUUUGGGACAAACAAUACAACGGAAAGUAACAAGAGAAAAUCAAGGAAUAUUUGUAGAGUUUUUGUCGGAAGCGUAUGCUUACCACUGGCAUACUCCUGGACAGUCGUAACUUUACGGACAGUCCCGGUUUGUCCUCACAGGUGUCCAAACUGUCCAAAGAGAACGCACUUUUGACGCAGUUGCUAACUUAGAAAGGCAGCGCCUACUUUGUUGUGAACACUCAGAGCAUCCAUGGCCAUGCCUCAGGCGGGAAGUUCGACCAACAGCUGAAACAAGAUGCUAAAGGUGAACCCAUCAGGGUUUGUAACUUCCCACUCCAAUCCUUAACAGCCUGGCAUUGAGUCGGCGCUUGAGAAGGCGUUGAAAAAUGACAGCAGUUUUGUUUUGUGGUCCAGUAUGCCCUUUGGCUCUCAACCUGAUGUUAGGUAGAACUCAAACUGGGCCCUUAGCAAUAUCAGCGAGGCUAGAAUGUCAUCUCUGCAUCUUGAGCUUCAGAAAACAUUAAAAGCAAACAAGACAAACAUCAUGAAUGUUUAGGCAAUCCCAAUCCACUUAUACUACAACUCGCUCAGGAAAUUCAGCACGCCACCUUUUAACAUCUUCUCACAAGGCGCUAAAUCAACACUUCCAACAGCUGAGCCUUGGACAGCACCACCAUUGAUAUCGAGUUGGCCCAGCAACAGCACCAGUCCAGCCUGCAGGAGCCCCAGUCCAGGACGACCCAUCCACUCCCCUGACCCUUAACUCAUCAUACUUGAUAUCCGGAAAAAUGGGGCCUUAUGCAUGUGCUUAAAUUGUUGUCACAGAUAAUCCUAUGCAGUUUGCACAGGCUAAUAAUGGACAACAUUUUCCUCUUAAAGCAGAGCACCAGCAUUGAUAACGAGUUGGCCCAGCAACCGCACCAGUCCCGCCUGCAGAAGCCCCAGUCCAGAAUGACCCUCCCCCUCCAUUGACUUCUAACUCCUCCCCCUUGACCUCCUGCCUCAAAAAGUCAGCAUCGUUGAACAACUCUGUUCUGCAGGAAAUUCUGAGCAUGAUUCUGUUCUGACAAAACGCAAUGCCCACUUUACGUUUUCCAAACAAAAGCCUGGGUAGUUUUGUUAAACUAGAGUUCCGCGUGGGCCUGAAAGGGACGAGUGUUACAGACAUGAAAAUUUAUAGCAGUAGUUAUGGUAACGCUAACAGUCAGUUGUUGCUGUUGGACAUCACAACAAAUAUCAUGAAGAAUAAAAAGUUCAAUCACUUGUUCCAAUCUUUAUGGGACAAACAGAAAUUAAACAGGAGAGAAUCAAGGAACAAUAAAAGCGUAAGCUUUCCUAGUGGUAUACAUCUGCUGUUGAUAGUUUGGACAACAGAAGGGUUAUGGACUGCCCCAGAUUGUCCUCUCAGCGGCCAAAAUAUCAUAAAAGAACAGACUUUUAGCAAUGUUACUGACAAAAAAAGGCAAAAAUGACUUGGUUGUGAACACCCAGAGCGCGAUACAUCCAUUCUGACACAGAAAGGCGGUAAUAACUUAGUUGUGAACACCCAGAGCACAAUACAUCCAUGCUGACACAGAAAGGAAGUAAUGACUUGGUUGUGAACACCCAGAGCACAAUACAUCCAUGCUGACACAGAAAAUAAGUAAUGACUUGGUUGUGAACACCCAGAGCAAGAUAUAUCCAUGCUGACACAGAAAGGCAGUAAUGACUAUGCUGUGAAAAACCCAGAGCACAAUACAUCCAUGCUGACACAGAAAGGCAGUAAUGGCUUGCUUGGGAACACCCAGAGCACAAUACAUCCAUGCUGACACAGAAAGGCAGUAAUGACUUGGCUGUGAACACAGAACACAAUACACCCAUGCUGACACAGAAAGGCAGUAAUGAGUUGGCUGUGAACAAAGAGUACAAUACAUCCAUGCUGAAACAGAAAGGCAGUCAUGACUAUGCUGUGAACACCCAGAGCACGAUAUAUCCAUGCUGACACAGAAAGGCAGUAAUGACUAUGCUGUGAACACCCAGAGCAAGAUAUAUCCAUGCUGACACAGAAAGGCAAUAAUGACUAUGCUGUGAACACCCAAAACACAAUACAUCCAUGCUGACACAGAAAGGCAGUAAUGACUUGGUUGUGAACACCAGGAGCAAGAUAUAUCCAUGCUGACACAGAACGGCAGUAAUGACUUGGCUGUAAACACAGAGCACAAUACACCCAUGCUGACACAAAAAGGCAGUAAUGACUUGUCUGUGAACACAGAACACAUUACACCCAUGCUGACACAGAAAGGCAGUUAUGACUUGGCUGUAAACACAGAGCACAAUACAUCCAUGCUGACACAGAAAGGCAGUAAUGACUUGGCUGUAAACACAGAGCACAAUACAUCCAUGCUGACACAGAAAGGCAGUAAAGACUUAGAUGUAAACACCCAGAGCACAAUACAUCCAUGCUGACACAGAAAGGCAGUAAAGACUUGGAUGUAAACACCCAGAGCACAAUACAUCCAUGCUGACACAGAAAGGCAGUAAUGACUUGGUUGUAAACACAGAGCACAAUACAUCCAUGCUGACACAGAAAGGCAGUAAUGACUUGGUUGUAAACACAGAGCACAAUACAUCCUUGUAUGACUUGGUUGUGAACACCCUGAGUACCCUACAUGCAUGCUGACACAGAAAGGCAGUAAUGACUUGGUUGUAAACACCCAGAGCACAAUACAUCCAUGCUGACACAGAAAGGCGGUAAUAACUUGGUUGUAAACACCCAGAGCACAAUACAUCCAUGCUGACACAAAAAGGCAGUAAAGACUUUGUUGUAAACACUAAGAGAUCCAUACAUCCAUGGGGUGUGCCACAGCCGCAAAUUACGCCCACUAUUGUGAACAAGGUUUUUAAAGUGAACACGUCUGGUUUUGUUAUGAGCACAUAGCACUCCAAGCCCAAAAGGCCUCGCAUUGAAUUGAUGCAAGAGAAGGCUUUGAAAAAUAACAGCAGUUUUGUUGAGUGGUCCAAUACGCCCUUCGACUCUCAACCUGAAGAAAGCAAAACUCAAACUCGUCUCUUAGCAAUAUCAGCAAGGCCAGCAUGUCAUCUCAGCUUCUUGAACUUCAGUGAACUUUACUAGCAAACAUGACAAACGUCAUUGAAGUGAAAGUCGAUGACAACCCCCUUCUUGCACAAGUACUACAACUCGCUUAAAAAAUUCAGCACAAAGACGUCUUGCGUAAUACUACCAAGCCUCCUAUCAAUAUCUCCUCCCAUGUUGGCUACAUCAACACUUAAAACAGCAGAGCCUUUGUGAGUUCAACUUCCGUCUCAGCGUCGAUGUCGCUUAGCAACAAUUGGAUGAUAGGCGUCGACAAAUUAGGCCGGACAAGUCACUCGAACUGAAACGAUCUGAUCCAACAGGUAGAGCAGGCGUUGCGUGACACGUCCGUUAAUGUGACUGACCUCGAAAUGUUGUUCUCGAAUUAUGUGAACCUUAGGCCUGGAGAGCAGUAUGCGAUUGAAACCUUUCAACAACAGUUGUUGUCGGCAAUUCAUGGGUUUGAAGUGGGGACUUUGGCGGCGGGACUCACUCCAUCUCUGUCUUUGGCCCAGUGGCAGCAGCAGCAACAAGAACAAUAAAGCCUGUUUCUACAGGAACCCAUGCAAUCAUAGAUCAGUACCUAGCUGAACAACCGGAUGUCCGGUCAGCUGGUCCCAGACGCCCAGUGACACUUCCUGGCCCAGGACCUUGGGGCAAAUGCUCAACUAGUCCUACCUGCAGGGUGGAGCCACUCUGAACCUGGGGCUCCAUACUUUCUUGGUCAGGGGCCAAGAUUACCUCGUCAAUAAGGAACACAUUCCUGGGAUGCCCUAAGGUGUUUCUAUCUGUUCACAGAGGUCUUAUACUCACAAGUUCAAGCCCAGUGAGCGAUGUUCACAUUAUCAAAAUCUGCAUCUCAAUAGAAACCAGGAUAGCAAAGCGUUGGUUUGUUUUUGAAGCAUUUGAACCAGCAACAGUCAUCAUUCGAGUUUCUGACAUGCCAAUGGUGCGGAACCCCUCAAUCUAUGAACAUCAUAACAGCACAUGAACCAGCAGCAGUCAUCAUCUCAAGAUUCUGGUAUAUCCAUGGUACAGGACCCUUAGUCUGUACAAAUCUUGCAGAACGAAUUUCAGAUGCAAUUGGAGGAAAUCAAACCAUUCAAUCAGAAACACAGCCUGUUGCAGCUAUUGUUAACAUAUUGACCCCAGUGAUACCUAAGAAGCUCAGAGUUACAUACUGUUUUAGAUGUGCUAGUCUUCACAUACCUCCUGGUUUAUUCAACACUUACUCUGAAUCUUUGAAUGUUAUGAAGGGUGAAAAUGAAUGACCUUGUUCAGAUCGAAAUGGCAGAAUGACACAUCACAACAAUUCAAGUGGAAAGCCACAAAGUCAUGUCAACAGCGACAUGUUGUAUGUUGCCAGCCAAGUUGUAUUAAAAAACACAAUAGCUUACGUUUUAUGUUAUAUGUGACCAACCAAGUUAUAUUCAUACAAAAACAAUAGUUUAUGUUUUAUGGGAAUGUUUAUGCUGUCAGUAUUGAUGUUUAAAUAUUUUGUUAAAUAUAGCAUGUCAAGUAUUUUAAAAGCAUGCAUAUGCAAUGUCUUUGUCUAUAUUAUCAUAUCACUACAUAUUUUGAUCCUGAUAAUGGUAAAUUAAUGGGAAAUACACUUUUAUCAAAGACUUUCAAAGUGUGACAAAGCUGUUUAAAUGAGGCUGGUAACUUGGACAACAUGAAAAAAAUAUUGGAGUAUUUUCAUGUUAUAACACAUGUUUCAGUUUUCUGUUUUUUUACCCGUAUUAUAGAUAAGCUAUAUAAAAGUAGUGUUAAGAAAGUUUUAGAAGUUUUACGCUUCAGCUUUUUCUGUUUAUCAAUCUUUCUAAAAACAAUACUAGUAAAUCUGCUAAUUCCGGUCGGUAUUUGAACAAGAAUCUUGUUUAAUAGCAUUCAUGGGAAUCUAAAUAAAUUAUAUGCAAUAUUAUGUAAUCUACCUAAAAGUAUCGAUUCUGUAUUUACUACCAGUACUUUGUUGAUUUCAAUGCAUAUUGUUUGUUAAAUAUUCGAAAUGGCUCUUGGAUUUGGGGGAAAACUUAAAGGAAAACUAAAAAUUAAAAAAUUAUUUUUUUAGAGUUUUAUGAAAAAUGGCAAAAGUUAUAAAUGUUAAUUUGUGUUGUUAGAUCAAAGACUAAGAUGCUCAUAAGUGUUUAAAUUUAUUUUCGGACAUAAUAGUUUAUAAUGCUUUAUAUUUGUAUAUGCAUAUGAAGACGACCAGAAUGUAUCCUCUUUAAUCACUGAGUAUCUUAAUCAAUAUCUCUUGAUCACUGCAUACAUUGUAGAGGUAUAUUUUGAUAUUUAUACACAGAGCAACUGUGAAACAAUAGUAUUUUAAAUGUACAUUAUUUUGUUAGUGUGGCAAUUUUUAUAAGAUAAACUCACUGUUUACAUUAAUUUGUGCAAACUAUUGUCAUAAAAAUAUUGAUUGUGUGAAUCCACAUAUUUGUAUUAAACUGUUAAAAUAAUGUACAGUAACAGAUUCUGAAGAGAAAACUGUACUCAAUGAAAUAUAAACCCCUUGUUAUAUUAACUGCUUUAUUUUAAGAACAGCUACUUAAAAUAAGUUUAAUUUUGUUUUACAUUAUCUAAAGAAAAUUUAGUACAUUUUUAUUUGAAAUCAGUCAUUUACAUAUUAAGGAAUAGUGUUGUCAUAUGCUAACAAUUGUCAAAAAAUGCGAUUGUCUCUAUUGGUAAAGUAGAGAGCAAUAUUAUUUGCUUAAACAAAAAAAAGCAAAGAUGUCUGCUUUGAAAGUGUAUGUGAAAUAAACACUUAUGUUUGUGCUUAUAUUAAACGUGAACGUAUUGAUGUAUAGCUGAUAAUAAAGUUUGACAUUUUAUUAGUUUUGUAACAAUGUGUUUUUUACCCUUUACGUUAACAUUUCCACAAUUGAUGUCAGUGCAGUGCCUUCAAUGGAGCCAUUUUCUGUAAAUCUCCCACUGUUAAAGUUCAGCAAAAGUUUUAAGACCAGAUUUCCUUAAACUUAGGGUUGUUUAUAUUUAACAUUUAUUGAAUGCAUGAAACAUGUUUGUUCUGUUGUUGAAUAGCUGAACAUUGAUGUAUGUAAAUUGUGUGACAUGUUGAUCAAAUUGAUACAUAGAAACAAACACUCAUUAUGCGUUAAUUUGUACGUUAAGCUAAACAAAAAAUGUUACCAAACACAAAUAUAAGUAUUUGGUAACAAUAUACAAAAUUGUGCUAUAUUCGUAAAACCGUAUCAAAUGCAAGUUGAAAUGUAAUGUUUAAAUAUGUUUGUCGACUCCAAAUAAGCAUUUUGAAUAAGCAAAUUAAUACAUUAAUAAUCUCUAUGGAAAGUACACGUAGGCACUUUACAAUCGCUUGUGUACUUCAUAUUGAUCAGGGUCUUUCUAAAUUAUUGCAUGAUUUUUUAUGCGUAUGUCUGAAUUGUGUAAAUAUCUGUUAAAUAACUGUUAAAAAGGAUUUUAAUAUUAUAAGUUAAAAUAGUGUCUAAACUGUAACUGGUCAUUUGUUGCAUUUAUUUUUACGUGUUUAUAUUUUCUGGCUUACUGUGCUUAAUUUUGUAUAUAAUCGUACGUACUUUUAUUGUGGUUUUCGUAUUUAGACAAAGCGCACUACACUUAUGCUGUUGUUUUUGUCCAUCAUUUCUAUACAAAAUGUUGUAUGUAAAUAAUUAAACAUGUUGAUGUUGGUAAUAAUGUAUUUCCUGAUCUAAUAUUGAUGAUGCACUCAAUAAAGUACAUAACCAUUUAUGUGGACUAGUAUUGUUUAGUUAUAGUUUGUUGUUAUAACUAAUAAAAUCUUCAAGGAUUG